GAGCCCGAGAGAGAGUCAGAUUAACCAUCCCCCGCCAUGAUGAUGGUUGCUCUGGGAGCAUACCUCAUGUUCAUAUGGCUAGCCUCCUUAUGUGUUGCAGUCGCAUCCAUUCCUCGUCGAGCCAUCGUCUCACGGUACAACCCAGUUCGAAAUGCCUCGAGCAGCACCACCCCUAUGCAAGUAGGCAAUGGCUUCUUCGCGUUUGGCGCCGACGUCUCAGGCUUGCAGACCUUCCAGCCUUGGGCGGUCAUGUCUGACUGGGGCUGGAAGAACGACAGCCUGCCCGCGGGCGUGACCACGCAAGACAUCUUGACAUAUCGCGGCGUGGUAUGGGAUGGAGUGCAGUACGAGUUUGGUGGCGCCGCAGCGCCGCAGCAGUGGCUCAUCGCUGAUCCUAACCGAGCAAAUCUGGGACGCGUCGGGCUGUUGUUCAGGAACGAGGACGGGGAGUUGACGGAUGUGACGGAGGCGGAUACCAGUGACACCCGUCAGGAACUGGAUCUGUGGACUGGAGUUAUCACGAGCAGCUUCGUUUGGCAAGGACAGAGAGUAACGGUUCAAACGUACGCCGCGCAGAGCAGUAGCACGGUCGGUAUUACAAUCAGCUCGGGACUUCUCCAGGAAGACCGCUUGGGCCUGUUCUUGGACUUCCCCUGGAAUGAUGGUUCCGAUAAAUUUCAAGCGCCUUUUGUCGGAUAUUGGAACAAUACAGCCGGCCACACCACGUCUUUGGAGAUUUGGAGAGGUCUCGGAGGAAACGUCCAAGCACAGAUUAACCAUACAGAAGUUGCAGCAACGUUCUUCACAUCCAUCGGCGGCGGCGAUGGCUUCACAAUAUUGCGGGACUCGCCCCAUUUCCAUCGAUAUAGCAUAUGGCCAUCUGCGAACUCGACAUCGUUCUCGACUUCGGUUGCAUAUUCUUUGACGCAACUGUCGUCCAUUCCCUUCACUGCAGAAAUGAUGGAGGAAAGUGUUGCGACAUGGAAACAGUACUGGUCGAUGAACGGCUUCGUCGAUCUUAUUAGCGGUUCUGUUGAUCCUCGGGCAGAUGAGUUGCAACGAAGAAUCAUUCUGUCGCGCUACUUGAUGCGAGUGAAUGAAGCGGGCUUUACACCUCCGCAGGAGUCAGGGCUUGUCAAUGAUGGCUGGUAUGGCAAGUUCCACAUGGAGAUGUACUUCUGGCACAGCUGCCACUGGGCCUUGUGGGGCAACUGGGACCUGCUGAAUCGAUCGCUCGACGUGUAUCACCGCUUCCUCGCCACCUCUAUCGAGCGCGCACAGGACCAGGAAGGGUAUAAAUACGGAGCGCGCUGGCCAAAGAUGACAGACCCAUCAGGGCGCUCGGCGCCAGGCGAGAUCAACGAGCUUCUCAUCUGGCAGCAGCCGCAUCCUCUCGUGUUCGCAGAGUACGAGUAUCGUGCCACGGAAUCCAAGCAGACCCUGCAGAGGUGGCGGGACGUCGUGUAUGAGACCGCGGAUUGGAUGGCAGACUAUGCGAAGUACAAUGAUAGCACGGACGUCUAUGAUCUCGGGCCGCCGAUGUACGUGGUCAGCGAAGAUACUAGCCCAAAUGUGACGCGCAAUCCAGCGUUUGAGUUGGCGUACUGGAGGCUUGGUCUGGACAUGGCACAGACGUGGAUGGAGCGCCUGGGAGAAGAGGCACCGCCGGCAUGGUUGGAGGUCAGGGAACACCUCGCGCCGCUUCCAAUAGAAGAUGGCCUGUAUGCUGUGUACGAAGGAAUCGAGAGCAACUUCUGGGCUACCACGCAGUAUACGAACAGCCAUCCAGCUCUGGUGGGCUUGUAUGGUUGGCUACCUCAGACUGCGAACCUGAGCCUCGAUAUCGCCAAGGAGACGGCUGAGAGAGUGUGGACAACUUGGAAUAUCAGCAAUAUAUGGGGAUGGGACUUUCCGAUGCUGGCGAUGUCCGCAGCGCGCAACGGCGAUCCGGAGAAAGCUGUAGAAUGGCUGCUUAACCAGUACUACGAAUUCGACGACGUAGGCAUGCCAACUGGAGGCGCCCAGGUCCCAACGCCGUACUUUCCGGGUGCGGGAGGUCUCUUGUACGCUGUUGCGAUGAUGGCGAGAGGAUGGGAUGGCAGCUCGGGCGAGGCUCCAGGAUUUCCAGAUGAGGACUGGACUAUCAGCGUAGAGAAUAUCAGUCCUACCAUGUAACGUUGCAUAUAUCCGGAAGUCAGCAUGCUCAUUCUCAGAUCUUGUUCAUUUGUUCCUCAUCAUGCUCUGAGUGCUGAUGGCGGUUCGAACUAUAGAGGAUUGUAAAUAUGACUUCGGGCUGUCCUUCUGUAAUUGAG